UGGCUGGGAAUUAGGAGUCUCGAGAUCAACUGUCGAUGGUACAAUUCGAGUGAUUUUGGGGAUUUCCCCGCGCACGCACACCAAAUCCGUGAGCUUAGGGUGGGAAAUUGUCCCGAGUGGAGACUCCCAAGUAGUUUGGAGGAACUCACAAUCCUCAAUGCAUCAUCAAAUCGCAUUCAGGAUUUAACAGAGCUCAAAACUUUCGUGUCACUGCAAGUGGUGGAUUUAUCCGACAAUGCCAUACAAGCAUUGCCAUCUGAAUCGUUGGAUCUCAAGAUGCUCAAAGUGCUGAAUGUGUCUAACAAUCAGCUGACCACCCUCUCGCCGGAUACACUCAAGUGGACACGACGCCUCCACGACGUCAAUUUACAUGGCAAUCGCCUGGAAAGUCUACCUGAUGGCGUCUUUAGUUGGCUAGAAGUGCUCGACACACUUGAUUUAUCACACAAUCGCCUCGACAGACUCACCUUCCUCCACGCAGACGGACUGCAGAGUCUCAGGGAGCUCCACCUCAGUCACAAUCGCCUCACCACUCUCUCGACUGGCAAGCACUUUGCCACGCUGCAACACCUCGAGCUGUUGGAUCUCGAGGCGAAUGCCAUUAUGCAGCUGUCUGAGGAGUCGUUCAGCGGAUUGACCCACCUGAGAAUGCUCAUUCUAGCAGCAAAUCGCCUCACGUACUUGCCAAUGAGAAUCUUCCACCCACUCCACAGCAUCCAACAUCUCUACAUGGAGUCCAACAGACUGACCACGUUGCCUGCCAGCAUCUUCACCGACUGCUGCCGGAAGCUCAUCGAUCUCAAUCUCAGCGAGAAUGAUUUCGCCGUCGUGCCGCCGGGCAUCGACACACUGCACGAGCUCAAGUCCCUGGAUCUCGGUGGGAAUCGCAUCAGAAUGAUCAAUGGCACCCACUUGGCGGGUCUGGAGCAACUGCUGGGCCUGCGUUUGGUGGACAAUCACAUCGAGAGCAUCUCCAGUGACUCCUUCCGCCACCUCCAUGGCCUCAGAGUGGUUAAUCUCGCCUCCAAUGCCAUUCAUCAUCUCGCUGAGGAUGCCUUCAGUGCCAAUACGGACCUCCGCGUCAUCCGACUGGACAACAAUCACAUCGCCAACAUACCACCGCUCCUGCUCCAACCCCUGGACUCCCUGGUCUGGCUCAAUUUGUCCACCAACCAUCUCACGACGCUCAAUUUCGCCGCACUCCCAUUGCAACUUGAGUGGCUGGAUGCGACCAUUAAUAAUUUAGACUAUUUGGAGAAUUCUGGCAGCAAUUUGCACUUAUCGCUUCGCCACAUUAAUUUAGCCGGCAAUAAAUUACCAUCUAUGUUUCCGGAAGUCAUCCCAAAUGGCGUCGAGAGUCUCCACCUUGGCAAUAAUUCAAUUGUCCAGCUCGAGAGGAAUGCCUUCCACGGCAAGACUCACCUGACACACCUGGAUCUCUCGCACAAUCACCUCAGCUAUCUCGACUCAUCAAUCUUCCCACCCCGGAUGAUUGUCUCACUGGCUGGCAAUCCCUUUCCCUGCGACUGCACCAUCCAGUGGCUCUUGCAGGCCACCACGACGGUCAACCUGCCCUUCUGGGUGGAUGAUCUGCAGGCCGUGACGUGCGUCACACCCAUGGCCAAGAGAGGCACCCAGCGCUUCCCACUCUACUCCCUCCAGCAAAAGAAUCUCAUCUGCAAGUACCGCGAGAAGUGCGAUGACUUCUGCCACUGUUGCGACUUCGAUGCCUGCGACUGCAACAAUCAGUGUCCCGAGAAAUGCGAGUGCUUCUUCGAGGUGCGUGCAGACGGUGAGACGCGCUCCAAUGUGGUGGAUUGCGGACAUGGCAACUUCACCGACAUCCCAGACAGGAUCCCAAUGGGCGCCACAACAAUCUACCUGGACGGAAACAGUGUGAGCGACGUGGGAAGUUUCGGUUUCAUUGGAAAGAAGCACUUGGAGGUGCUGUACCUCAACGGCACGAGCAUUCACACCAUUCAGAAUGCCACAUUCAGUGGAUUGACCCAAUUGCGUCACCUCCAUCUCCAACAUAAUCAGAUUGGCUCACUGCAGGGCUCAGAAUUUCAUCCCCUGCUGAAUUUGGAGCGCCUCUAUUUGCACAACAAUCUCAUCGGCAGCAUUGCUAAUGCCACUUUUAGUCACAUGCUCCACCUCAAGGAGCUCACACUGGCCCACAAUGGCAUCACCACUGUUGCCGUGCUGCACCUCCUGUCGCCCCUCAUCACUCGCCAUGUCCUCCGGGACGUGUACGUGGGGAAUGUGUUCGGCUGUGACUGCAGCAGCCUGGCCAAAUUGGCCCCGCCACCCCCACGUGAGAUGGUGUGCCGCUCCGCCGAGGCUGGCACUCGGCCCGUCACGGCCGUGUGCGCCCACCUCUCCAUCUUCCUCCUGCCGCCCAAUCGGAUGAAUUAUGUCAUCGGCGGUGACUAUCUCUCCAUUGCGGCCGCCACCCUCGUGUCAACCCUCUCCAUCGUCGUGCUCAUCAUCGUCGUCUUCAUCUUCAGGCGCAACCUCCUGCUGAUUCUCUUCACCAAGUGCGGCAUCAGGUGUCCCACCGGUGACACCUCCUCCGACCGCGACUGCACAAAGCUCUACGACGCCUUUGUCUUUUGCUCCAGCCGCGAUGCCGACUUCGUGGACAGAUUCGUGGUGGCGCAGAUGGAGCACAUCGGCUUCUCCGUCUAUCUCGCCCCAUCGCAGAACACCCUCCACGUUGCCCUCGAUAUCGCCACGAAGCUCAUCGUCAUCGUCAGCAGCACCUUCCUGCAGCUGGAGUGGAAGAGCACCAACUUCCGCACCAUCCUCACGUCGCCCAAUUGCUGGCACGGCGUCAUCCUCAUCAUUGCCGUGCCACUGGAGCUCCUCACCGCCGAUCCCGACCUCAUGAAGCUCGUCAAGCACACCACGGUCCUCUUCCUGGGCGAGAAGCGCUUCUGGGACAAGCUCAAGUACGCCAUGCCGCCGCGCGAAGGCAUCCAGAAGGCGCUAACAGUGCGGAACACCCUCACGUGCGCCCCGUCGGACUCCACAUCCACGUCAACCAGUGGCAUCGCCAAGAGAAGCAGCAGUCACAUCUACACCACAAUCCUGGCAGAUGAAGUGACAACGAGACAGGCGUAUUUCGUCUAA